GCCGGCCGGGCUGUCCCCCAGCCCCGGGAGCGGGCCGUGCCGUGCCGCGGCGAGCAGCGCUGCAAGCGGCGGAGCAAGAUUUCCACACUCUUUUGAAAUGAUCGGGCUAGGAAACAGCCGGCGAGGGAUGAAAUCUCCACCUCUUCUAAUAGCUGCGCUUGUGGCUUGUAUGAUCGUUUUGGGCUUCAAUUACUGGACUGCACGUUCUCGAAAUGUUGAUCUACAGAGUCGGAUUAUGGAACUAGAAAGAAAAGUCCGCAGGGCAGCAGCAGAGAGAGGGGCUGUUGAACUCAAAAAGAACGAAUUCCAAGGAGAACUGGAGAAGCAGCGUGAGCAGAUUGAUAAAAUCCAGUUCCUCCACGGUUUUCAGAUGGAAAAUGUCAAUAAAGUGCACCAGGAUGAGAAGGCAGUGCUAAUGAAUAACAUCACAGCAAAUGAGCUAUUUAUCCAGAAUCUAAAAGAACACUUGAUAAAGUUACAGAAGGAAUACGGAAAGCUACAACGGGAUGUGUACCAGUUUCAGAAAAACCAGACUAACCUUCAGAAGAAAUUUUCCUAUGAUAUGUCCCAGUGCAUCAAUCAGAUGAAAGAGUUAAAAGAACAGUGUGAAGAAAGGAUAGAUGAGAUCACAAAAAAAGGCAGUGAGGCCCCACAGGCCAAGGAAAUCAAAGAAUUAUUGAAAAAUUCCAACAUAACCUACCAGGGUAAUAAUAUUCAGCUGCCAACUUUUAAUCGAGAGCUCCAGCUGCAUGACCUGGUAGAGCAGAAAGGAGAUGAGGAGCAAGAGAACAACAAAAUUCCUGAAAAUGUAGCUCUAGAAGCAUCAAAGCCAACACCCAAUGUAAAAAAGGUACCAGAGAUUGAGUCUCAUGGAGACAAAGAAGGGACAAGUGAUCUGGUUGCAGUGAAGAAAGAGGAGCCUAAAACAGAAGACGAGAAGCUUUUUGUUGAUCAAGGACCCCCACAGGAUUCAGCCAAGAGUGCCGUGGAUCAUGAGGAACUAUCUCCUGAACUAGGAAAGGAACCAAAUUUGUAUGAGGGGGUAAAUAUUCCUAAAGGAGGUGAUGCAGAACGGGAGUCUGUCAAAAUGCAAGAACCACCUGCAGGCCAUGCUGUCAAUCAAGAAAAUGCUGCUAAUGAAGAAGUGGAGCGGGAGCACCUCUUAAAUUAUGACGCUCAGCCAGAUGUCCAGGAGCCCACUCAGGAUGAUAAACGGGGAGCUGAAGCAGCGAACCAGAACAACAUAGCAGUUGACUACAACCUAGAUGAAAAUGAGGCUGAAUCUGAAACUGACAAGCAAGCAGCACUGGCAAGCUAUGAAAAUAACUUGCAUGCCCCAAAUCCUGAAGAUCUGAAUAUGAAGAACCACUUAUUUAAUCAAGGUGAAGAGGAGAGACAGAGGCUGUGAAUAAGGAAGCACACCAUGUGUGACUCAAUCACUUGCAAACAAAUCCAACCAUAAAGAUCCAGGUGAAGCUAGAAUGCUUGAUUGCCAUCUCAAGGCUUUAAAAGGGUCCCAAAUAAAAUAGAUUGCGGUUGUGAAGUUUUAGUACUAUGCUUCAAUGAUUAAAACUAUACUUUGUCUCUUACAGAGGUUUAAAGCAGUUCUGACUUGUCAAACUUUUUUUUUUACUGUUUUUAAAACCUUAAUUAGCUAGCAAUAAUUGAAAUACUUUUAAACAGUCAGCUAACUUGUACAAUCAUACAACAAUGGCAUGAAGUAGGGGAAACAAAGUAAUUCUAAGAUCAUAUUUUGAAUCCCUACCUGUGCUUCAGAUGCUAAACUUAGACUGAUCUUCCCCCAGUAAAUGGUAUGUUUAGUCCUUAUUGUCACAAAGGCUGGAAUAGUUGACCUGACCCUCUCAAAACUACUACAAGGCUUUUGGAUAGCUUUUUUCCCCCCCUCCUGUAAUAUUAUCGCUCCUCACCACAGAAGAAUAGCAUGGUUCCCAUGGGAGGUCAUGACAAAGAGGCUGGACCUGCAUUCAAAGCUAGCAAGGGGGUGUAGAUUAGCUUUACAACUCAUUUAAGUAGGAGGAUUUGGUUUCUGUCAAACUGACUUGAAGCUACCACUGUCUAAGGGAAGGCUAAAAUAGUGUGUAAUGCAUAUUUCUUACUUCACC